CCUCAGGUCAACCGUCACCGUCUCGCCACGCGCCCCUCGUCGGCCAUCCACGUGAAUCCUACGCUGCGAGUUGCUUCACAACCACUCUCACUAUUCUCGGGCAGGGUCUGCCGCUGGUAGCGCUUCCCCUUUCUCCAAUUGCCCCCGUUCAACAUGUUUUCCACCAAGGCGACCCAGUCGUUGAAGAACCUCUUCGCAUCCUAUCACGAACCCCUUCCCCUAUCAAAACAACAAUCUCAAAAACUACUCGAUGGCCUCAAGACUUCCUUCCGGAAGCAACUCGAUCACGAAUAUGGCCAGACCUCUGACACCCCCACCGCCUCGUCCAAAUCCCCCGAUGUCAACCCUCCGAUCCGACAGUCCGCCACCAAUCGCCACUUGAAGGACAUCCUCUCCAAUCCUUUGUUCAGCUAUAAUAAGGACGUCAACUCGACUUUUCCUUCCACUCUAGCACCCCCGAAGCGUGAUCCCAUGGAGGUGUUCGAUCAUGCCGUGGCGAGAGGAAUGAUGACGCCCAAAGCCGCAAUUGGCUGCAUGGUCGCCAAAUCCAAGCAGCUCCAUACCCUGGAGUCAAGCGGCAGUGCCUUUAUCUCAUCGGGCACCGCAGCUCGAGUUGUCCGAUGGCUGCGGUCUUCCGGUUCGGAGCAAGAUUUGCGCUUCCUGGACAACCAGACUUUUGUUCGGACACUUGCUCCAUUCCUGGUCGCCGAGGGCAUGGAAGAGAUCGCUUGGGAAUGGCUCGUCCGGACCGUCAAUGGGCCUGGGAACCUUUCUAACGAAAAGCGUCUCAAGAGGGCGUCCAAUCUGCUAGCAGAGGUUGUGCGAACCAAAUGCCAGCCUCAAUACGGCAACCUGGAUUCGGGAAUCUCAACAAUGCUUCAAGCCCAGGAAUUGUUCCGGAAGAGCCCUCUGCUCUCUGAUCUGCUCGUCCUCUCGUGGAGGUCGGUAUCCUGGUUCUCCACUGUCGAGGCAUACAGCCGAGCCGCGCCAUCCGAAGAGCUCUUUGAUGCUCACAUGGCCACGGCCGACCGCUUACCCCAGCCCUUCCUCAUGGAGCGGGCACACCUGCACUUGUACCACCCAACGCACCCCGAUCACAUCCCAGCACUCCAAUUUUUCCGAGAUAAGGAGAAGCUUCGACAUUUGGUCCAUGCCAUCGGUCCCAAGAAGUCCAAGCCUGACAAGCUAAGCGUCGUCUCGUGGCUCGCCUUCCUCGGGCAUGAUACUAUCAACCAUCUCACGCAGUCCGGCAGGACACAGGAGGCUCAGGGAGUUACAGAUUUACUUCAGGCGGAAGUGGCAAACCUCUUUAAUGCCAAACUAGAGCCGGCUUGAUCAUGUCUGGGAAUGGUCUCGAUUUUUGCAUCAUGGAAGAUGAGUGUGUUCGGUCACUGGGGCCGAGAACUCGUCUUUCCGUCAGCUCAAAUGAUGUCUCAUUCAAAUGAUGAGACAUCAUUUACCAAGUCACCUCCCCCACGACCCCGACUUAAGCCCAGUCGCCGCCUGGUGGAUUUCAGGAGGGUCAAGGUCCGAGAAGAAUACGAGGAAGGCAUGCAUACAGUAUGAGCAUACAAGCUCCUGGCCAAAUUGUAUAGGAAGGGGAGGAGAGGAACCUUGUAUAUAAACACUACUACCCCAUAUAUUUCGAAGAUAUCCGGGAUCAAGGGUGCAUGGUAUACCCCUGAAACCACCACAUAGAACACCAACCAGCGCCCCGUACAAGGGCAGACAUGGGAAGAAAUCAAAACA